AUUAACGAAUACAUUUUUUUCGGAAAAGGAUUUUUUUUGGAUUUUUCACACUUAUUUCAUGAACAACUUGAGUGCUCCAUGGGGUUUGUCACAGAUAUUUCAUAAAGGUGCUGUUCUCGCACAUCUUGUUCCCAAUUAUACCAUUUCGAGAGCACGUUCCAUUUUGGUAACACUGCCGCUCUUCCUUUGGGAGCCACCAUUUUGGUAGAGUCGCCCCCAUUAGUGACGACACUCACUCUCGCUCUCUUACGGGUUGGUUGGCGGUGGGUCGGUUGGUCCACUGUUCCAGUCUUGUUCCACUACCAGUCCUGUUCCACUUCCACUACUAGUUGGAGCUCCCCUCUUGAGAUCGACGUGUCCUCCUUACACUUUCAUGAGGGUUUUGGCCAGAAAUCCACAACCGAAAUCCAGCUUUACUCUAAAUUGUCCUUCAGUGGAACAAGCUCGAUCUUCUCACAUGAUUCGGAACGAGGCUCCUGAUAUCGACAGAAGUCUUCAAUAAACCAGUGUGCAUGUGCAUCAGUGCGGUUGUUGGUGACCUUCAGGACUGAGCGAGAGUGAGUUUGACCUUGGGUGGCGGACAUUUUUAAUUUCCAAUCAUGUGGAUCUUGACAGCCAUUCCUGCAGCCAAAUCUGGCCUCAACAGCCUCCUUGUCCCCAUGGGACAAAAAGGCGUCCUCUUCUUGGCUAUCUGUGCCGUCCUCGUUUCCACUGGUGGUGCUAUCAAAUGUUGGGAGUGUAACUCCAAAUAUGAUGCUCGAUGUGGAGACCCGUUCUCCAAUUACAGUGUGGCCAUGGUGGAUUGUGAUCAACGACAAGAUCAGAUCAAGCAUCUAGAUAUCAAGGACGGAGAAGAACUGCCAAAAGCUACCAUUUGCAGGAAAACCUAUCAGUCAGUUGAAGGCGAUGUCCGAGUUGUCCGUGGAUGCGGAUGGCUUGAAAAUAUUGAUUCACUGAAGGACCGUGAAUGUUUCAAUCGAGCAGGCACAAAUCAGAUUCAAGUGUAUCACUGCAUAUGCAAAGAGGACGGCUGCAACUCCGCCAAGAGCCUCACCAGUGGCCUUUUGAUUGCUCUCUUGCUUCCACUCAUUCCAGCCUUCUUCUAAGGGCAGAUCUCACCCCUUGCCAAGAAGACCAGUAGUUCUCAAUGGGACAAGCGACCACAACAACCACCAAAUGAACGGCACGGGUCUACGGGCUAUUUUCAUCGGAUCCCUCCAGAACAUCUCUCUCAAGACAUGACCGCCCCAUGGUUUCAUAUUUCGAGGCUCCAAACCCAAACCGUGUGUCCAGCCACCAUCAGUCAAAUCCUUAGAUUCUCCUCUAGAUAAAUUAUUAUGAAAAGUAGCUGCCAUGGAUAUUCUUUCAAUUGCUAGCCAUACAAGACAACAUCCACUCAACUGAAAAGCACGGAAACGACCCGCACACUCAUUAAAUUUUGCCCCCUUCAAGAACAAUCCAACUGCCAUUUCUUGCUUCAGACCCCCCCCACAUCUCACCUCUAAUAGAUAGGAAACUCAACAGCUGAUUCUUCCCUCCUUUUAAGAAGGUAAAUCCGAUUAAUUCCCGCCAUGUUUGCUUUCUAAAUUCAGCUUCUAUUUCCAACACUCUGGAUAUGGUUAUUGUAUUAUUUGAUAAACCCUCACCCAUUCUAAUCCACCAACCCCAAGCGUGCAACCCACCGUGAUUUCCUACAAGAAGCGAUUACUUUUUGCAGAAAAAACCAAUACAUCCAAUAUGAAUAUCUAUCUAUUGUGUAACUACGAAUGAGUGAAUGAAUGCAGUCCCACUAUUGGUUCCCUUUUCUCAGAGUUCAUUGAACUCAAAGUCACCUUUCAAAGUCAUUAUUCAGAAUGCCACAUACACGGAUACAUGAGCAACUCAAGCCCUGUUAAAAAACUUCAAUGUUGCAUAUUGGUGCACUAUAUACAUAUAAAUGACAAUAAAACAGACAAAAAGCCA